CUUUCGAAUUGCGACCCCGCGCUCCUUCCCAUUGGCCGGCGCUAGGCAGUUGAAUGUUGCCGGGAGACGGCGGCUGCCUUGGGGGGCUCGGCGAAGCCCCGCCCCAUCUGAGCACCUGUGGGCCCUCAGGCGGAGGAGGGCGGGAAGCUGGGGUUUUCUCCGCCUCUACUCGGAGGGCGGCGAGCUCGGUGUCGGCCUGUGAAAUUGACGGGCUGAGUGUAAGGAGCUUCUCUUCGCCUUGGAGAAGGCGGCGGCUCCUCUUCUCUGUCUGUAGCAGAGGCUGAAUAAGAAUAAAAGAAUCUGAAAAACUUGGAGAGAGAAAGUAUAUUCAGUUUUCAAAGUAGAAGAUCGACAAAGUGAGUAAGCUGUGGGAGAUCAAUCAAGUGAAUACGAAACAAAAGAAUUUUCAGGAUAUAUUCACUGCUUUCAGAGAGAGGAUGGUUGCGUGGGGGAGAGGGGGAGGCAAGAGAGAAAGAGAAAGAGAAACGUGAAUGUGAGAGAGAAACAUGGAUUGGUUGUCACCCAUAUGCACGCGGACUGGCGAUUGAACCUGCAACCUAGGAAAUGUACAAUUUUGAGGACGAGUUAACAUGUCCCAUUUGUUACAGUAUUUUUGAAGAUCCUCGUGUACUACCAUGCUCUCAUACGUUUUGUAGAAACUGCUUGGAAAACGUUCUUCAGGCAUCUGGUAACUUUUAUAUAUGGAGACCCUUACGAAUUCCACUCAAGUGCCCUAAUUGCAGAAGUAGUAUUGAAAUUGCCCCAACUGGUAUUGAAUCUUUACCUGUUAAUUUUGCAUUAAGGGCUAUUAUUGAAAAGUACCAGCAGGAAGAUCAUCCACAUAUUGUCACUUGCCCUGAACAUUACAGACAACCAUUAAAUGUUUACUGCCUACUAGAUAAAAAGUUAGUUUGUGGUCAGUGCCUUACCAUAGGCCAACAUCAUGGUCAUCCUAUAGAUGAUCUUCAAAGCGCCUAUCUAAAAGAAAAGGACACACCUCAAAAACUGCUUGAACAGUUAACAGACACACACUGGACAGAUCUUACUUGUCUUAUUGAAAAGCUGGAAGAACAAAAAUCUCAUUCAGAGAAAAUGGUCCAAAGUGAGAAAGCAGUUGUUCUCCAGUAUUUUAAGGAGCUUAGUGAUACAUUAGAACAGAAAAAAAAAAAUUUCCUAACUGCUCUCUGUGAAGUUGGCAAUCUGAUUAAUCAAGAAUAUACUCCACACAUUGAAAGAAUAAAAGAAAUGAGAGAGCAGCAGCUUGAAUUAAUGACAUUGACAACAUCUUUACGAGAAGAGUCUCCACUUAAAUUUCUUGAAAAAGUUGAUGACGUCCGCCAGCGUGUGCAGGUCUUGAAACAAAGACCACUUCCUGAGGUCCAGUGUAUUGAAAUAUAUCCUCGAGUAAGCCAAGUAUUGAAAGAAGAUUGGAACAGAACAGAAAUUGGAAAAAUAAAAAAACUUCUCAUUCCUGAAAUGAAAAUUUCUUCAAAAAGAAUGCCAUGUUCCUGGCCUGAUGAUGUAAAGGAAGUUGAAUUUUUUAAGAUUCUAAAUGUCAUUAUAGUUACACUAAUAUCAAUGAUACUGAUGUUGAUCCUUUUUUUUAAUCAACACAUAAUAACCUUUCUAAAUGAAAUCACUUCACUAUGUUUUUCUGAAGUCUCUCUAUUCGUUUACCAAAGUUUAUCUAACAGUCUGCAUGAUUUACAGAAUAUACUAUGUCACACUUUAUAUUUACUGAAGGAAUUUAUGUGGAAUACAGCUUUUCAUUGAAAAUUCAGAUCUAAAUUAUUUAAAUAGGCUUACUCUGUACGGGGACUAACAACCAUUGAUAAAUGGAGAAAUAGGGGUUGCAUGGAUAAAUAGAAUAGCAAACUAAACUUGAUUAGAGUUACAACAAAUAUAUAGAAAUAUUUUAAACCUUUCAUGCUUCUGUUUGAUAGAAAUGUGUCAGAAAUAAGACAAUAUUUCUGGUUUUCAGUCUGAAAACUAGAAUAAAAAUCUAAUGAUUUCUUGACUUGAA